AUGAGCCGUAGAAGGGUACAUGACGAAGAUGAUGGCUACGAUCGAGUAUAUAAGAAACGUAGGAGAGUAUCAGAAAAUCAAGAGAUUGAAGAUCGUCUUGAAUCUCUCAUCCAUCGUGUCGGAGAGAAGUCAACAUCAUCCUUGGAAAGCAACUUAGAAGGUUUAGCUUCUGUAUUAGAAGCUGAUCUAGGUGUAUUUCGUAGCAAGAUUCUUCGGAUUUUAACAGACUGUGCUAUUAAGAUGCCAGAGAAAUGCACAAUUUAUACCACCCUUGUCGGGCUAUUAAACGCAAAAAAUUUUAAUUUUGGUGGAGAAUUUGUUGAUUAUAUGGUGAAAAAUUUUAAGGAUUCUUUAAAAGCAUGUAAAUGGGAUGUAGCUAGAUAUUCUCUUAGAUUUCUAGCCGAUUUGGUAAAUUGCCAUGUUUUAUCAUGUGGAUCGUUGAUGCAGUUAUUUGACAAUAUGUUGGAUGCUGCAAACGAAGAUGGUGUACCGCAAGUGAGACGCGAUUGGUAUGUUUAUGCUGUUUUAUCGACACUGCCAUGGGUUGGAAGAGAAUUGUAUGAGAAAAAGGAACAAGAAUUGGAUCAUCUAAUGGUUACAAUAGAGAUAUUUUUGAAUAAACGAAGCAAGAAACAUCAACCAGCAUUGAGAGUAUGGUCGAGUGACACACCUCAUCCACAGGAAGAGUAUUUAGAUUGUUUGUGGGCGCAAGUUCGCAGACUGAGACAGGAUAAUUGGGCCGAGAAACAUAUUCCACGACCCUAUCUUGCGUUUGAUUCGAUUCUGUGUGAAGCAUUACAACAUAAUUUACCACCUUUGAUGCCGCCUCCACAUCAUGAAUCUUAUUCUUAUCCAUUGCCUACUGUCGUUUUUCGUAUGUUCGAUUAUACAGAUUGUCCUGCUGAAGGAUCAUUAUUACCAGGAAGUCAUGCUAUUGAGAGAUUUCUGAUAGAAGAGCAUCUACGACAGAUCAUCAAUAAUUGUUAUAUUGAGAGAAAAGAUUGUGCUGUACAACUAUUAAACUUUCCAUUUAAAGCUAAAAUUCCUUUAGACUACUGUAUAGUCGAAGUAAUAUUCGGUGAAUUAUUUCGGUUGCCUACUCCAAAACAUUUGGAGAUUUGUUAUGGAUCAAUUUUGAUAGAACUCUGCAAAUUACAGCCUUCAACUAUGCCACAGGUACUAGCGCAAGCUACAGAGAUUCUGUUUCGUCGUAUAGACAGUAUGGCAGCUACCGCUUUCGACCGUUUUGUUUGGUGGUUCGCAUAUCAUUUAAGCAACUUCCAAUUCCGUUGGUCUUGGGAAGAUUGGGAUUCCUGCUUACAACGCGAUGCAGAACACCCAAGACCAAAAUUUAUACGGGAAGUUCUGCUCAAGGCUUUAAGAUUGUCAUAUUAUCAAAGGAUUCGAGAUAUGAUGCCAGAUUCGUAUACGGAUUUGAUUCCAGCAGUUCCCGAGCCUGUGUAUAAAUAUACACCUAAAGGCGCUAGUUCACUCCCUGGUUCGGAUGCAGCACUUAAGUUAACAGAUUCUAUAAAAAAUAAAGGUACAUCGGAUGAUGUAUUAGCUAUAUUAAAUACAUUGCCUGGAGAAAACGAAGAAACGAAUAAUUACAAUCCAUUAAAGAUCGACGUUUUUGUACAAUCUUUACUGAACCUCGGUUCGAAAAGUUUUAGUCACAGUUUUGCAGCUAUAGUAAAAUUUCAUGAUGUUUUCAAGAUGCUUGCUGAUACGGAAGAAGCACAAAUAUGUAUAUUAAGAAACAUGUACGCUUUGUGGAAGAAUCAUUAUCAAAUGAUGGUAGUACUAACGGACAAGUUUUUAAAAACUGGUAUCAUUGAAUGUAGUGCAAUCGCCAACUGGAUAUUUUCCAAAGAGAUGGCAUCGGAGUUCACAAAGUUAUAUAUUUGGGAAAUAUUGCAUUUGACAAUACGUAAAAUGAACAAACAUGUGACGAAGUUGAGUACGGAAUUAACAGAUGCAAGGGAGAAACUGAGGAGAGCAGAAAGUAGAUCAGGCUCCUCUUCAGAUGAAGAGGACAAUAAUAAAGAGAGAAAUAGGGAAAGACCAUCAGAGGAUGAAGUAGAACGGAAGGAGGAAAAGUUGGAAGCUGCGCAAGCAGAUCAGAAAAAUUUAUUUCUCAUUAUAUUUCAGCGUUUUAUAAUGAUUCUAUCAGAACAUUUAGUACGUUGUGACACAGAUGGAAUUGACUAUAACACGCAUUGGUAUAAAUGGACUAUAGGGAGAUUGCAACAAGUUUUUUUAUCUCAUCAAGAACAAGUACAAAAGUAUUCCUCGACUCUGGAAACUUUACUGUUCACUCCGGACCUUGAUCCUCAUAUUUUGGACGUCUUUCAUCAAUUUGUUUCUCUACGAGCAUAAAAUAAGAUACAAAUACUAUCAAAGUACAUUUAUAAGUUAUUAAGCUACAUCAAAGUACA